AUGAGAGCAGCAACUAUCAUCUCCGCCAUCCUCGUCCUGGCAGCCUGCCUUUUGAGGAGCAGCGAGGCGGUCACCUGCACCGCCGACCCCACCGUCACUGGAUGCAUUGACUGCACCACCAGUCCAUCCGAUCCCGAGUGCGUGGCCGAGGCAGCCGCCGGCACCACCACCACAAGCACCACAUCCACAGUGGCUCCAACCACGACCACUGUUGCGACCACCACCACUGCUCCAACGACAUCAACCGGAACCGGAAGCCGAAAGAUCGUCCGCGUUAGCAACCUGCGCUACUCCGUCAACCGUCGCAUUCGGAUCAACACCACUCCCCGCUCCACCAGCUCCGGCGGCCGCUCUGGCAGGCGCUCCACCAACACCAACAGGAACCGCAACCGCAGGCGCAGGAACAACAACAACAGGCAGGGUAACUCCAGGAGCAGGCGCGGAAACGUUCGCGUAGUAGUUGGUUAA